CUUUGACUGCUCCUGCCAGGAAUAAUGCGCAUGCGCCGUUCCUUUGCAUGGUGUGUUUUCAAAUUUUAGCUGCAGCGAUCGGAGCUGUGGCUGUGGUCCUAGUCCUACGACUAUGGAUAGUGCUUCGGCCCCAGGACGUGGUGCCCCGGGAGUCUCUCAAUCUCCUGGUGGUGGCUGGGUCCGGUGGUCAUACCACAGAGAUCCUGAGGCUGGUUGGGAGCUUGUCCAGUGCUUACUCACCUAGACAUUAUGUCAUUGCUGACACUGAUGAAAUGAGUUCCAAUAAAAUUAAAUCUUUUGAACGAAAUCAAGCUAAUCGAGAUUGCAAUACCAUGUAUCCCCAAUACUACAUUCACCAAAUUCCAAGAAGCCGGGAGGUUCAGCAGUCCUGGUUCUCCACAGUGUUCACCACCUUGCACUCCAUGUGGGUCUCCUUUCCUCUGAUUCUCCAAGUAAAGCCAGACUUGGUGUUGUGUAAUGGACCAGGAACAUGUAUUCCUAUCUGCAUAUCUGCCCUUCUUCUUGGAAUACUAGGAGUGAAGAAAGUGAUCAUCGUCUAUGUCGAGAGCAUCUGCCGAGUAGAAACUUUAUCCCUCUCUGGGAAGAUUCUGUUUCAUCUCUCAGAUCACUUCAUUGUUCAGUGGCCAACUCUUAAGGAGAAGUAUCCCAAAUCUGUGUAUCUGGGGCGAAUUGUUUGACAAAUGAAACAACAGACUUUAUUUCCUGUAUGGAAGCAGUGAUGUCCCCAGUGAGUUCUUUCAGCGUAAAGGAAGCAGUAAUAUUAAAUUGGCUUCAUGACAAUUUGCACUCCACAAGCUUCCAGAACCUUGAGCAUAAACCAGCAUUUUUUUUCCAUUCUUCAGUCUUAUUUUAUGAGUAGUUGGCCUCAAUCCACAGUAUCUUCUUAAAUCUCUUUUUUAAUUGUUAAAAUAUAUUAAAAGGUGACUAUUGUUGUAAUAAAAACAUGAUUCUACUUAUCAGGAAUCUAAAUUCAAAACACUGUUUAAAAUGUUUAAGUAAAUUCACAAUGUUAUAACUGUAGCUUUCUCUGAUAUUUUGACUGUACUUAGUCCUGCUACCGUCUCUAUUUACUAUAUACAUUGAUAAUGUAUGUGCUAUAUGCCAGAUAUUACUAAUAAAAACUUGAUGAGUUAGAGACUAUUAUUAUCCCCAUUUUACAGAUGACUUCUCCAGGAUCACAUUCCUAGUAAAUGGCAAAAUCAGGAUUUAAGCCCAGAUAGACUGGUUUGGUCAGUUUCAUAGGUACGUGGCCUGUGUAGUCACAUAGGGUCCCACUCUUGGUUUAAUACUCUGCUAUCCACUCUCUUAGAUUUCUUAGAAAUUUGUCUUUUGUUAAUUUGUUUUAUUGUUAUUUUGUGGUGCUGGGAUGAAACCCUGGGCCUUCUGCAUGGUAGGCAAGAAAGCACUGUACCACUGACCUACAUCUCCAGCCCACUUAGUAAUUUUUAAACAUGGGACCCACAGAUUAUGUGGCUGGUCCUGCCUGAGAUUUUGUGCUCCUAAUGGUGCUGUGUCUUCUACAAUAGAAGCUCCUCAGUAACCAGAUUCUUGUCCCCUCUCUAUAAGCUCUGCUCCUUUAAUAAAACAGCAAAACAUGAGAAGACCUUCACUUAUAA